AUGGCUGGCGGCCAGCAAAGGGGAAACAAAUGGAAGAAUCACUUCGUCGCUGCUUCUGGAGAAUUUGUUGGCACUUUUUUCUUCCUCUUCCUCGCAUUCUCAUGCCAGCUCAUGGCAUUUGAGCAGGCGGGAGAUCAAGCUGCUAAUGGAAGUAUCUCGUCUUCAACUGCCAUCUACAUCAGUCUGGGAUUCGGAAUGUCGCUCUUGGUUGCCGUUUGGAUUCUGUACAGAAUCAGUGGUGGCUUGUUCAACCCAGCAGUCACGUUCGCCUUGGUCAUUUGUGGUCAGCUCCCUCCGCUGAGAGGUCUACUUCUGUUCCCUGCACAGAUUCUUGGAAGCAUCGUUGCUGCUGCUUUGGUGAGCUGCAUCUUACCUGGCGACAUCAAGGCUACUCGCACUGUCCUGGCUCCUGGAAUGUCCGCGGCACAAGGUGUCUUCUUCGAGAUGUUCUUGACGGCGUUCCUCGUCAUCACUGUCCUCAUGCUCGCUGCUGAGAAGUCAAAGGACACCUUCAUGGCUCCCAUUGGCAUUGGAAUGGCUCUAUUCGUUGCUGAGCUCGCUGGUGUUUAUUACACUGGAGGCAGUCUUAAUCCAGCACGCUCGUUCGGACCUUGUGUUGCUGCUGCAGACUUCAACACUAGUCAUUGGAUCUACUGGGUCGGACCAUUGCUCGGAUCUGCCAUCGCCAGUGGCUACUACCGCUUUGUCAAGUACUUCGACUACGAGGAGGCCAAUCCUGACCAGGACUCGGCUGGUGCAGAUGAGAUUGUUUGA